AUGAGCGCUUCUGGCAAAAGUUUAUUGGGGCUAUGGCUCUAUCGCAGCGGUGAGCAGGAGUGGGCUGUGAAGCAUGGUAGCCCGCUGCAUACACUACGCAAAGAGCAUCGCAGUCUUGAUAAGUCGAAUUCUGAAAGCGGCAGUGAGAAAGGCAGUUUGGCUUUAAGUGAUGCAAAUUCUCAAGCCAUGUCGGGCGAUCGUGUUUCUAUAAUUUUUACGCUGAAAAAUCAAGUUGGCAAUUUGGCCAGAGCAUUGCAAGUUUUUCAGGAGCUGGGCAUUAAUGUCCUACAUUUGGAAUUAUCUCCUUUGGAGAAAGCUAGCAACCAGAUGCAAGUUAAGCCACGUUGCGAAAUUGAAAGGCACGAGAUCGAUGACCAGGAUACACUAAUUUGCACAGCAUUCGGAAAUCCUGUAGAGGCGGAUUUUUCAUGGUCAAUUAAAGCGGAAAAUGACAGCGCCGAAUGGCUGGGCAGUGGCGAACGGCAGGAUUUCAUCGACAAGAGUUUCUAUGUGUUGGACGACGGUUAUGCGAUUGCACGCACUUAUCGAUGUGUCGCCAACAACACCGUCGGCCCGGGGACAUUCUGUGAAAUCGAAGUGGCUGUACGACCAAAAAAACAACUUGUCUGGUGGCAACGCUGGGAUAAGACUACGCUCAUUAUCCUGGUAGCCUCAAUAUUAGCGCUACUUUUAGCCGUGAUUAUAAUUUGUUGCAUCAUCAUUUGCAUAUGCCGCCGCCGCAGACGUCAAGAUAAAUAUCGCACCGACGUCUCCAUCAGUGCCACUCACAGUGUACUCUCUUAUCAGUCGAAUGCGCCACAAGGUGAUGUGGCUACACCAGCGCUCCAAACGAUUUCCCCGCAACCACCGACUACGGGUUGUCUAUUGCCUAAUUUAGCCGCACAAGAAUUGCCACAACUUCCUGGUCCAAAACUGCCGCCCAAGUCACCGCCCCCGAAGCCACCGUCCAAGAUCACACCCAAACCCUCACCCGCUACCACCCCCGCACACACCCCCACCAUUGUUACUACACCCACUCGAACACCCAGCUUACGUGUAAGGCACGCCGCGCAAGCACCUAAAUCACCGCCGCGCUGGCCGUUGCGCCCCGGCGUCAUGGUGCAUGUCAGCAGCGAUACAAAAGAGAAUCUGGCAACUAAUCGCAUGACACUGCGACCGCACACAUUGACGGCACAACUGUCGAAUUUGACAACAAUGGCAGCGGCUGACAGCAGCACUGCAUCAAGUGCCACACUGAAUGCAUCUGGCUUCUCAGCAGCCACCGCACAAACAACACUUCUAAAUGCAUCUACACAGACAGUCGAUUGCAGUGAUACGGGUCUAGGAGGAGAGAGUGGCGAUGGCGAUCGUGGAUGCGGAAGUGUUGAUAUUCCCAAGCAAACGUCAACGCUCGGCCGUUUUGACUGUCGCCAAAAGCGUGCCGCCGGAGUGGGCAGCGAAUACGCCAGCCCUGGUGCUUGCUCCCACCGCACUGCAUGCCAAACACUACCACAUAAAUUUGGCAAAUCAUCACAGUUAAGACCGCACACCACUUUCAAUGUUAAGCCGAAUAAUCAGAUUUUGACAGUCGAAAAUGCCAACACAGAGGAACAGCUAUUGACAAUGCUGACAGCUGUCACAGACGAGCCACUUGAGUGUACGUCAGGGGCCGGAGUUCGUAUGACAGGGACGUCAGUGUCAACGCCGUUGACAACUGAAACGCCGAUAGUAGCUACAGAGGGUGGCAUGGAAGAGAUCACUGUUGCCAGCGCUGAAUCGACAAGCGGUGCGGCGGAAGUUUGUAGCAACGCAGACAAAUGUGUUAGUGCACGCCGCAUGGGACGCGUGGAAAAGUUCUUUUCGAACAUUUUCAAGCGCCGCGGUGCUGGCGUUGACACCACGCGCGACAGCCAGCGCAGCCACAUCGGGUUACUUGGCGGCAUGUGGCAAGCGGGUGCCAGUGUGCUACGGCAGCGCACAGAAACGACGGAAAAGUCGCCAUUUGGCGCAGAGCAUCGCCUAAAGGGCAUACGUUGCAGUGGCAGUGUCACGUACAAAAAGUCGCCAGUACGCACGUCGCAAGGCGGCAACGCUGUCUCCGGUUGUAGCAGUAGCAGUAAUUGUGACAUCAGUAGCAACAACAGUACCAGCAUUAGCGUAAUAGCGACUACAAACGCUAGUGCCGCUGAGCUAAAUGAAAACUUCGAACACUCUGCUUCUAAUAUUACUACUACAGUCACACCAACAGCCACAGCCGCAGCGAGAGCACAGCUAUCACAAUCGCCUCCAGCUACGCAGCCGCCUACGCGCCUACCAGUCAACAGUCCCCGAUUACAUGCCUCUGUGACAUUUCAAGUGCCUUCAUACGACAAGACUCCAGCGAACACCCACAGCAUGGGGACGGCCAUCAACGGCGGGAAUGGGACCGCCAACGUAAACAGCAACAACAACAGCAACACUACAACACCGACACAUGGACGACAGCAACAGCUACACCGUGGCAUAUUGAAGAGUCGUACGCCGCCGCCACGUCCACCGCCGCCUUUCAAGGCGGCACCCCCUCCACUGCAGAAGCGCGUUGUGGCCACAAUAUCGCCGACAAAAAUCGAGCGGGUCCAAAUACAAGACAAGUCAUCUUCACUGGGGGAUCCAUUGACGGAACCUGGCGAGUAUGAGAAUCUACCAUUUCAUGGUCUCCAAACGGCUCCUAACAAGUUCUCUACGACUCUUACAAAUUUUAAUAACAACACCAAUGUGGUGCGCGUCGCUCCACGACCCAAGAGACUCAAUGGAAAUAUUGGCCAGCAACAACACCAGCAGCAACAAUACGAACAGGACCAGUGCGACCAGCAAUUUCAAUAUCAUCAACACCAACAGCAACAACAUCAGUACAAUACCAUGCAAUAUGUUGGGGGCGGGGGACGCUUGAUGGCAACGAACCAACAGCACCAGCAAGCACACACAAUGAAUUCCCACAACAAAGGCAUGCUGCUGCAGCAUCACCAACAGCAUAUGUUGACUUCAAUGGCGGAUGGCAGCGAGACUAUCGGCGGCGGCGACAACGGUGGCGCAGGCCACGCAGCUUCUGGUGGCAGCGGUUACAUGAACGGCGGCAUCGGUGGCACUGCACCCCAUCAAACUUCAUACAAUCUGAAUAAUUGCUUUCCGAAGAGUUACACAGAAUAUUAUCACCAGCAACAGCAGCAAAAGCAGCAAAGUAGCGUCUCGAAUAACACUUCCAGCGCGCAGCUGUUGAAUGCCAUCGAACACGAUUACCCAACAUAUGCAGUGGUGGAGCGUAGCAGCGCGAGUGCAGCAGGUCUUGAUAUAGGUGGUUCUGAUGUUGCCGGCGUGCGCACAUGCCCACCGCCCACUGCAGUCAGUACGAAUCCCUUUCUGGCCAUAACCAAUUUCAAAAAAUAUGACACUGGCAACAGCCCUGCCGAUAAUGCUUAUCAACCGCACAUAUUGGACAUAAGCGGCACUGGUUCAAUGCAACGCAACGGUAAGCGCAAACCAAUGAUUGAUGGCAAAAUGGAGGAUAAGAAAUUCUACUCACUGAAAUUCACCGGCGGUGGCGGUAAGAACAAAGCAUCUCACCCGCCGCAUAAGUCGCCCGCGAGUGGCGUGUUGAAUGCGUCUAUGAUAUUCCCCGGCAACAAUAGCAACAAGUGCAAGCGACAUCAUUCUUUUGCUGGUGGUAGCAUUGGCGAUAUUGACUCCGUCGGCCCGGGCGCCCAACAAACCUCACAUCAGAUAAAAUCAUCGGCAUUGAUGCGCUUCUAUGAUCCGCCUGCCUAUGAGAAUUUGGCGGCUGAUAACGCGGCCGCGGUGCAGGUGCAUGAGUGUGCCGUAGAGGCGCAUCCAUCGCCAGCUGCUGGUGGUAUGAGUGGCACCGCCACCAUAUUGCUGCACCCGCAGCCCACGGCUAGUGGCAGCGGCACGAGCGGCACCAGCGCACAAGCUGGACAAUCGGGCCACAAGAAAAAACAUCACCAUCGCCAACACCAGCAGAAGGAUGAUUUCAAUUUGAUUGAGCCAGAACGGCUAAGCAUCUACCGCAGCGAUUCCGGUAUAUCGAACAGCUCUUAUGAGUGCGUCACACCUGUGCCACCUCCGCCGGGCAGCACGCGUGGUGCAACGGUGCUGGGCGACACGCCGCCGCCUAAAACGCCGAAAGGAUCGAAGCUUUCGAAGCAUAGCGCCGCUAGUGGCGGUGCAAAUCUCGUCAAUAGCGUUAAUUACAAAAACUCCAUGCGCCAGUCCAGUAGCAGUAAGGGUAACGCUGUAGUAAGCGGCACGUCGUUGCCUGUUUAUAUGAAUGUCGAUGGCUAUCCUUCGGCGUCAUAUGAACGCUCCUGUUCGCCCAACUCUACUUUAGUCAAUUCUUCUUAUGAGUCUGCUUCAUCUUCACAAAAUGAUGGACAUGGCGGUCCCGGCUCGACCGAUCCCACUUCGUUAUCCUCCUGCAACUCACUUUACAGCAGCGGUACUGGCACGCUUAUCGGUGUGGCGCCGCUCAUGAAAACGGGUACUGGCAUGACGGCCUCUCGCUGCGGUCUACAUCAGAAGCCUGCAGAAAUCACGACACCCGAAGAGUACGAACAAUAUCAGCUGGGCCACCACCAUCAUUCUUCCUCAUCGUUGAGUGUGGCCAGCACGGUGAGUGCGAGUGGGACGCGUAGAUGCAAGAAACAGCAAUCCACAUUAGCGCCAGCCGGAUCGGUAACAGGAAUUGAGCAUUUUGGUAUUGGCGUCACUAAUCCAUUUCUAGCAAGUGAAUGCGUCUCAACAGCGACCGCCUGCGCUUUCAACACCACUGCCACCGACCACAGCCUCAGCGCCCAUGGCAUCGGUAAGAAACUACGACGAAAAACCAUCAGCGACCCCUACGCACAUAUCCGGUACAUCACCUAUGGCAACGACCACUCCAACAGCCACCGCGCCGCCGAGUGCCAAACACAUGCCCACAAUCAUCCCGCCAAGUGUACGGUCGGCGCGCUCAAGGCAACAGAUAAACAGCAACAGCAAGCUAAAUCACAACAACAGCAUGACAACAACAAUGGCCGCCAACGUGAGCAACAUCAGCAAUCGUUGCUAAUCCAACGAAAAUCGUGCGGAGGCAACAACGGCAACAGCAAGGACAUUGUAUCGCAGCAGCGCAGAUUAGUACCGUUAGGUGGUAAUGCCGAUGAAGGUGAUGUUGUUGCUAUUGAUGCCACCAAAAAGAUUUCAACCACAGAGGAGAACUUUACUGGCCAUUCUGAUGGUUGCGCUGAUGAUAUCACGAAUUUAAUAUUGCCACAAAUCGAGGAUGAGGAAAGUGCAACAAUAACACUGGCCUCAACUGUUGAUUAUUUGGGACGCAGGCCAGUCAAGUUGCCACUACGCAAGUAUCACAGCUUCCACUUUCAGCCAUCCCAAACGGUGGCUGGCACACUGCGACACUGCAAAUUGCAGCAAUUGCGUAUGCAAAUGCAAGAAAAACAACAACAAAGAGCGCCGAUAACUAUGCCAGAUGAUGUUAAAGAGUCUGUUCGCCCAGAACCAUUAUCGCCAGCUGGAACAGCUGCACCUACUUCAUCCAAACGCUACGCCGUAGAAGGUGGCCCGCUAGUUUUUCGGCCUCUUUCAUGGCACGAACAGCGCAUUUUUAAGCCAAUUUCAUCGCCAGUAGACGCACGCGAAGCGCCGGCAAUAAUGGGAAGAAUGGCACCACAAAUUGACGAAACGAUAACGGAAAAUACUCGCCAGACCUUCAAAUUGACAACCGCCGAGGCAGAGGAGGAGGAAGAAAAAUCUGAAAUGAGCGAAGAGCUUGCAGAAGAAAUCAAACAAAUCACCCGAAGUGCGCAAUUACCACAUGUGAGCCUUAAUCCCGCUGCCUCGUUAGAGGCCUUAGAAGCGCUCACUAAACAUCAUCCGGAGUUAAUUUAUGCCACCAAACCGGGUACCCGACAGAACCUGCACAAACAGUUGGCAUUGCCAAAACAGUGGACCCAACAAUCGAUCGACGAAAAGCAGCAAACCACGGGCAAUUUGUCAAAAGACUUCGACGAAAAGGAGAGUGGUGGCAUUAAUACUGAGGAUGCCGAUCGUAAUGACGUCACAGUGGAUGACGAUGAAGAAGACCUUGGCUACUCUUUUUGCGAAGACUACGACGACGAUGAUGACGAGUUGGAAAGUGAGGAAAUGAAAAGCAGUGCAGCCGAAAGCCAAGGCAUUGGCCUAACUGCGGAUGAGCAACGAACGUCCGUCACAGCAGAGUCUCCGCGGGUGGUGCUCUCAGCUGGGCGCAAUGGUGGGCAAGUGAAAUACAUGCUACGACAAAGCUAUCGGGAAGUGCAUAUUUAGAUGGAUUACAUGGCCCAGCGAUGAUUUUUCUAUACUCGAUUUUGUUCGCCAGAAUGAAUAUUGUGUAUGCGCAUAGGAGCAAUAAACUGAACUGCAUUCCCAAUAAUAAAUUAAAUCAUUAGUUACACCAUACCAUACUAUAUAUAUACAUACAUACACAUGUACGUAAAUGUAAAUAACCAAAAAACGAUACCAAAAAUUCAAAUUAAUCUAAGACAGAUUGCGCCUUGCCAUGCUGGCGCACAAAGCGCUAAGAACUAAGUUAAAUAAGUACGUUAAAUUAGAAAUAUGUAUGUAGGUAUUUAUAAAUUAAGUACUCAUGUGCAAGCAAGUAUAUAUACAUACUUAUUUGUAUUUAAAUUAAUGUAAAUGCGUAAAGUUUGUUGGUAUUUUUAAAUAAAACAAGAAGAAAAAAAAAUCCAAAAAGAAGAACAUAGUCAGUUUGUUUAGAUAUUAAAAUUUUGAAUGUAUAGCAUAUAGAUUUUAAAUGAAAACCAGAUUUGCGAAGUCAUUCGUACUUUAAAAGUGUUGUAUAAAAUAUAAAUGUUGAUGCAUAACAAACUAAAUUAAGUUUACAAAUCAGUUAAUUUCGCUCAGUUGUUAAUACACUACUGCAAAAUUUUGUAAUGUAUGCACAAAGAUGGAUAUGUUACAUACAUAUGUACAUAUGUAGUUAAUAGGAAAAACGUGGCAGCUCAUUCAAUUUUUUUUUCAAUUAUUGACAUUUUUAAGUUACAAACGGUAAAUACACCUCAUUUAUUAACUUAUUAAACACUUUAUAUAGUUAUUUAUUUAUUUAUUUUUGUAAUUAUGUAGCUAUUAUUUUAAAAUUACUUAUUCAACCACAAAAUAAUUUAUUUCACAUAACGAGAAUACAUACAUAUUUAGCCAAUUUCUUAAUAACUGCAUUAUAUUUGAAUUAAGAACAUUCACAUGAAAUCAAAUAUUUUAUAGUUAUUUCGUUUCUACCAAAAAAUUUCGCCUUUGCACCGGGGAAGGGUAACAUUUUUUAGAAGAAACGAAAUCACCAUAAUACAUUUGUCAAUUAGAUUAUUCCUUGCUCAUGCAUAUUUACACACAUAUUUCUAUUCGAAAAACUGUCAGCAUAAAGGUAUCACACCCCUAUGCGAUUCUGUCGGUGCGAAUCUGUUCCGACAAAAUUUACAACUAUGCCGACUAUAGUUUUUAAUGAGGAACCACACACUUGCGCGAUUUUGCAGCAGCGAUUUAUUCGAAUAUUCACUGUUCUUCUUUUGGUCGUGCCGAAAUCGCAGACUCCGCGUUUUCAGUCGGUUUCAGUUUGCUGCUCUGUUGCUUUGGCUGCGAAAUUUCAAACAGUUCAGCAACAGCACAGUCUCAAAUAAUCGUUGAGCUUCGAACGAGCUAUCGUUAGCGAUGGCAAAAACAAAUAAAAUAUUCGAUUAAUUAUAAAAAAAUAUUUUCGCAGCUCUAUUAUACAUUAAAAACCUGAGUAUGUCUGCUGGUAAGUAUCAAACUACAGGAACGUUUGAGCUCAAAC